AUGUCUACCUCUCCAAGACCAGAAAAGGGCGGUACCGUCCAAACCCCCACCGACUCCAACUCCGGCAUCAGCGCCGGGAUUCCUCAAGGAGGUGGUUUCGAGAAACACUCAAAGGCUACUGAGACCGAAGCCACAGAAGCCGAAAAGGCACGCGAGACUUCUCAAAAGCUCGUCGUCAAAAAACUCGGUGCCAUUCAAAAACUCGCCGAACUGUCUUUGGAGGCCGAAGCUCCCGGUACGAAAAAGGCUCGUAAGGCGACAACUCGGUACAUUAGUACAGCUUUGGAUAUUUACGAUGUCCUGGGUCCUGAGUUUGAAGCUGUUAUCACGUUGAAGGUUAUCAGAGGGAUUGAAAGUAAGUCUCUAAAGGAGACUGUUGCUACUAUGAUGUGGGAUAAGGAUUGGAAGCUCCAUAAUGUUGCUAAUAUUUUGAGGGCUAGUGCUGAGUAG